UUUUGUCACACAGUCUUAGCCUUGCAAUAUAGGACCUUCAUUGAAUAGAAGUGAGUACAUUUCGAUUUGGUUAUUAGUCAAGAAAAUAACCAAUAAAAGUGUAAUCUUCUAUGAAGGCCAGACUAAUUGAUUGAGUUUUUCACUCUCUGACGACCGAACUGUGUGUACGUGUUUGUAUCAGGUGCUGAAGUUCUUGUUUUUAAACGAAAUCUACCUUAAGCGAUGAGACAAAUCCUUCGCCUCCGUGUAUUCAGUUCACUACUGACAUCCACAAUGAGAAGUCACACGUACAUUGAUUCUUUGGGCUCGGCCAGCAGCAUAAUGGCCCGAGUACUAGACGGGAAAGCAUUAGCAGCGGAAGUGAAGAAUGAAUUGAAACUCGAGAUUGCAAACUGGGUGAACCUCGGUCACCGAGCACCAUCAAUCCGAUGCAUCUUAGUAGGAGAUGAUCCGGCCAGUCACACAUACGUCAACAACAAGAUCAUAGCAGCUCGCUUCGUAGGCAUUGAUGCCGAAGUUAUCAAACAUGACAGUUCCAUAACCGAAGAACAACUUUUGAGAGAAAUUGAGACCCUCAAUGCUGACAGCAAUGUGGACGGUAUCUUGGUCCAGUUACCGAUACCGGAGACAAUGAGUGAAAGGAAAGUGUGUAAUGCAGUGGCUCCGGAGAAAGAUGUUGAUGGUUUCCAUAUUGUAAACAUUGGACAGCUGUGUGUUGACAUGCCAACGAUGGUGCCUGCUACUGCUUUAGCUGUUAUUGAAAUGCUGAAAAGGUUCAAAAUCGAAACGUUCGGUCGCAACGCGGUCGUAGUCGGCCGGUCCAAGAAUGUGGGCCUACCGAUCGCUAUGAUGUUACACAGUGACAAGAAACACGACAACGGACUAGGAAUGGACGCAACUGUCACUAUCUGCCACCGUUACACCCCUAAAGAAAAACUGGACAAUUUCUGUCAAAAUGCUGAUAUUAUUAUCACUGCUACUGGUGUACCUAAGCUUAUUAAAGCAAACAUGGUAAAACCAGGCGCGACUAUCAUUGAUGUCGGCAUCACUAAAGUUACUGAUGAAAAUGGAAAAUCCAGAUUAGUUGGAGACGUUGACUACGACGAGGUAAGCAAGGUCGCCGGUGCGCUAACGCCCGUCCCCGGUGGAGUCGGGCCCAUGACUGUUGCUAUGCUGAUGCACAACACAUUCCAGGCAGCUAAGAAUCUUCGAACCAAGUCUGCAUUGCAGUAAACAUUUAAUUACAGCUUAUUAUUUUUUUCUGUCUGUCAAGACAAUCAUACAAGACUUUACUACUUAUUAGAUAUGGCUCGAUGCAAGAACGACAUUGAGUCAUUUUAAGUGUCAUAUUGACAUUGUCAAGAGACAAAUAGACAUUUUAAAACGCCCCUUGUCUAAUUGUCGGUCUUGAAUAAAGCCGUUUGUCUUCCAUUCUUUGUGCUGCUUUAUGAUCUUCAUUUGUUUUUUCUUUUAUGAAGAAUUAGAAAUCGAAUAUGAAAAUUAUUUAUUUGAUAGUUUGAUAUCGAGGAAUCUCUAAAUUUGAAUAUUUUUUCAUUGUUGUUUAUCAGAUUCCGAAGUGCCUUAAUAUUGUCGGUUUGAUACCCUAUUAAAUAAUAUCUAUGUUUUAUAAUUAUUAGAUUGUAAGGAUCAUUGAGUAUUAAAAAGGUAAUUAAUAUUAUUGUAAGUGGGUAUGUUAAGAUUAAAUUUAGAUUAAGUGAUUUGGAUAUUUUCUAUAUAUUAUUAUAUAGAUUUUAUAUCAAUACAUUCCUAAUUAUGGAAUGGCUGUGACUACGAUACAUUUAAUAGAUGCUCACUAACGCUAAAGAUUUAACUCAAGAUAAUGUAAUAUUCAACUUUAUGAAUAUGUCCUCAAGGUUCACUUUUGUAAGUGCCAAAAUAAAUGAAAAAUCAGCCUGUUAUAAUUUCCGGUUUUCUAAGCAUUACAGUUUGUUACAAUCAUCCUUUUUUGUUGAUACAGAAUCGUAAGUUUAAUCUAUGUUUUAGUUAUAUAAGUUUAACCUCCGCUUACUAAAACGCCACUCAACUUGAGACGUUCUAAGAUAUCUGUCACUGUAAGUGGCGACUUAGAGUUGAGUGACAUUUCAGUAUAAGGACAUGAAAAGACAUAUUUAAAUACACAAUGUAUCUUCGG